UCAUAGGUAUAUAAGAACAACAAAAUCCAAUUUGGAGGCAAGUGGCAUCAAUUUCACCACAAUAAUCAGAAAAACAAGAAAGAAGUAUGCAUUCACCUCGUUUGAAAGAGGCAACUCAAGUAUGCUUUCAGGGUUGUUGUCCGAAUCCGGUUGCGAAAGGACCGCUGCCAGAGGCGGAGCAGCCUAUCACGAAGACAAGCAGCACGGUGGCAGUUUGUCGACGCAACUUUGCAGCAACAACUGCAUCUUCUCUUUUCCCUGCUACAAACUUCACCAACCAUGAGUCCAUCCCUUCUCUGCAAGAAUCAUUUGGUCAGUUCAUCAAAGCUUACCCCAAGUACUCUGAUACUGCUCCGGUUGAUCAAAUCCGGGCUCGUGAGUACGGCCACCUCGAGCUCUCCAACCAUGUAUCCCUAGAUUACAUUGGUGUUGGUCUUUUUUCACAAUCACAGGUGAUGUCCCGGUACAGAUCCGCCAUCUCUUCUCCAUCCUCGUCCGAUUUUCCAUUAUUCGGUAUAAGCUUCAAGUCAGUGAGCCUCAAGUCGCAGCUUCUCCACGGCGGAGAAGGGUCGGAAUUGGAAUCCGCCAUCAAGAAAAGGAUCAUGGAGUUUCUAAACAUCUCACAAAAUGAUUAUGCUAUGGUAUUCACUGUGAACAGAUCAGCAGCAUUCAAACUUGUAGCAGAGUCCUACCCUUACCAAUCCAGCCGCAAACUACUCACGGUCUACGACCACGAGAGUGAGGCGCUGAGCUCCAUGAUCAGCACAUCGGGGAAGAGAGGGGCCCGCGUCAUGGCAGCCGAGUUCAAGUGGCCGAGACUGAGGAUUCACUCUGCAAAGCUGAGGAAGAUGGUGGUGAGAAAGAAGAAAAAGAAGAAGCAGAGAGGGCUGUUUGUGUUUCCACUUCAAUCAAGAAUGACAGGAGCCAGCUACUCAUACCAAUGGAUGACCUUGGCGCAGGAGCACGGCUGGCACGUCCUACUCGACGCCUGUGCAUUGGGGCCGAAAGACAUGGACAGCUUCGGCCUCUCCCUCUUCCGCCCCGACUUCCUCAUCUGCUCCUUCUACAAAGUAUUUGGAGAAGACCCCACCGGCUUCGGAUGCCUAUUCGUCAAGAAAUCUGUCGUCCCGAUGCUGGAAGCUUCUGCAGGUGCGGGAAUUGUUUCGAUCACAGCUGCGAAGAACGACUCUUCUUCGGGUACAACAGACACAGAACUCGAACAAAUGGCUAAACUCGAUAUAAAGGAAGGCAUUGCUGAGAAGGGAAACAUGGAAUGCAGAUGCUUGGAUCAUGUGGACUCAUUAGGAUUGACAGUGAUCAGCAGCAGAAGCAGGUACCUGAUCAACUGGGUGGUGACUGCGGUGACGAAGCUGCAGCACCCAAACCGGCUCGACAGCUUCCCUCUGGUGACAAUCUACGGGCCGAGGGGGAAGUUCGACCGAGCCCCGGCAUUGGCAUUCAACAUAUGCGACUGGAAAGGGGAGAUGGUGGAUCCUGCGCUGGUGCAGAAGCUGGCUGACAGGAAUCACAUAUCGCUCGGCAAUGGAAUGCUGCACCGCAUUUGGUACGCGGAAAAGGGAGACGAGGAGAAGCAGAAGUUGUUCGAGAGGAGCUGCAGAGCAAAGAACAGAGGCGGAAAUGAUGAGCAUCAUAAAAUCAAUGUGGUUACUGCAGCGCUUACUUACUUGGCCAAUUUUGAAGAUGUGUAUAGGCUCUGGGCUUUCAUAGCUCAGUUUCUCGACGCCGACUUCGUGGAGAAGGAGAGGUGGAGAUACACCGCGCUCAAUCAAAAAACCAUUGAAGUAUAAACUGCACACUUAUUUUCACCGCAACUUUCUGCUUGUGAUUUUCAAUUGUAAAUCGUGACCAAUGGCUUCUGCAUCAACCUAACAUUUUGCA